CCCGCCGCCAUCCCUCCGGCGUGUCCGCUUCCCACAUGGUUCUCCUCCGGCAGCUCUCCCUCGCCCUGACCGCCGCCGUGGCUGCCCUGGGCUCGGCUCUCUUCAUCGCCCUCAACUUCCUCUACAAGAGGCGGGUAUGGUCCCCGCAGGCGGAGUACUGCACGAUCACAGAGGAGGAGGAGGAGCGGGAGAAGCGUCAGGUCCUGGUCCUCGGUCUGGACGGGGCCGGGAAGAGCAGCAUGCUGCAGGGCUUGACCCCCGGGGAGUCGGCAGCUAAGAGAGGCCGCUGCCGGCCGACACGCGGCUUUAACUUCAUGAGCCUCAACGUCCCCGCCUGCCAGCUCGACUUCCUGGAGAUCGGCGGGGGGGAGGACCUGCGCCGGUACUGGUCGGACUACGUGAGGAAGACUCACGUUCUGGUGUACGUGGUGGACUCCUCUGACAGGAGCCGCCUCCCAUUGGCCAAGGCUGAGCUGCACCGCCUGCUGAGGGUGGAGCCCCAGCUGCCCGUGGUUGUCCUGGGAAACAAGCAGGAUAAGCCCGAUGCCGCGAGCGUGUCCGAGCUGCACGAAGCCUUGUCCCUGGGCCCCGUGACCCAGACCAGGAAGCUGUUCCUCUUGGCUGCCCAGCUGGGCUCGGACGGGCCCCUGAGGAACUCCUGCCGGGGUCUGGACACCUUCCAGGACGUCCUGCUCCAGCUCGUCUGAUCUCAGAGCAGAGGCGUGGGAGACGGAGGGAUGAAAGGGAU